CACUUCCCUAGGUUUUCUGUUUCCUGUGAUACCUUGGGCUGGAAUCUGAAGCAAUGAAGAUCUUUUGUGUGUUGGGAGAGCUCCUCAUGCUUUUCGAGUUGAUUCAUGGUCUCCAAGAUUUGUCUAUAACCUGUUCUGAAACCUGGCUCCAGGUCAAACUUAGACGAACGCCACUGUUAAAUGACCUGCAACCUCUGCAAAACGAACUCUCUCUAGGAAUUGGCUGUCCUGUAAACAUGGUCGAGGUGGAUUUCUUUGGGUUCCUGUAUCUUCUAACUUUUUGUGGCAUCAGAGUGAGUGAACAUGGAGUAGGUAUGCUCAUUGAAAGUUUAAUUGUAUAUGAGCCACCGAAUUUUGACUUCAAUUUACACAUCCCAGUAUCAUGCUAUGUGCAAAGAAGGUUUCCAAUAAUCUUAGUGAUGAGAAGGGGAGAGAAUGACAACCGUCGUGAAUGCAGAAGGUCAGUGGGACAGCACUGCUCACUAUCACGCAAACUUGAAGACUUGGGAAUCCGUCCAAGAGUAUCCUAUGUGAACAGUGUUCCCUUGUUGAGCUACUUAAUUGUAUCCCUUCCUAAGUGUAAGAACAAAGCUAUACAUUCUGGAUGAUGAGGCCACCCUAUUCAUUCACCUGGUGCUCUGGCCGCUUAAGGAUUUCAUUGCCUUUUAGAAGUUGAACUAGUCACUGGAUAUUGUCUUUUAUCAUUUCAAAUGUGAUAUUUUUAAACGAAAAACUUGCUCUGUUGUCCAUAUUUAUGAAUUGUUGGGGUAGGGAGAAAAGCCUUCCUUUCCCAGAUUUUAAACUUGUAAUAAAUAAACUUUAUUCUUAAAUAAAGUUUUAUAAUUCUUAAUAGUUAUUUAUAUUUUUUAAAGCCUAAGUCCUGAUCCACAGAGCAUUAUAAAGUGUGAGGCAAUUGCAUACUGUGACUAGGCUUACCCAUCAUCUGUUUUGGGUAGCAAUAGAGUAUCUAAUACACAGUAGUCUUUCCUUAUUCAGUUUUGCUUCCCAUGGUUUCAGUUACUCGCUGUCAACUGUGGUCUCAAAAUACUAACAUAGUCUUAAUAUUUUCGUGGAAAUUUAUAAUUCCAUUUCAUACUUGUUACAUACUCCAAAGAGAGACACAUUCACAUAACUCUUGUUGUAGCAUAUUAUAUGUUAAUCUUUUACUGUGGCUAAUUAAACUUUAUCAUAGACAUGUAUAAGAAAAAGUACAGUGUUUAUACAGGGUUUGGUACUAACCACAAUUUCAGUAAUCCCCUGGGGGUCUUGGAAUGCAUCCCCUAUGGAUAAAGGGAACUAUUGUAUCAUAAUCUAAUUCUCUAGUUGUUCCCCAUUUCACUGGCUUCUAAUGAUAUGUAUAAAAUA